AUGAAUCUGAGCAGCGCAUCAAUGGGCAGCUCUGGACCAGAACCAGGGUAUGACUGGCGGGUCUGGGGGCAAGCUGACGAUGGCACCCACCUAGGUGAGGCUGCAGGCAAGAAGAAAAACACCAGACCCACUUUCUCUGGGAAGCAAAUCUUCCUCCUGGAGAAGACCUUUGAGAAGACCAAAUACCUAGCAGGCCCAGAGAGGAGCAAGCUAGCCCGCUCCUUAGGCAUGACUGAGUCCCAGGUCAAGGUGUGGUUCCAGAACCGGCGCACCAAAUGGAGGAAGAAGAGUGCCACGGAGCCCAGCUCGACACAGCCAUCGCCCGGGGAGCAGGGUGCAGGUCUGUGGGGAGGUGAGAUGGAGGACGAGGCCUACAACAAGCCCCUGGACCCCGACGAAGAUGACGAUGACAACAAGAAGCUUCGAAGUAUGCUGAGAAAGCAGCAGUCGUCUGCACUGAAGGCACAUACACAGCCCUGA